AUGACGACGACGGAGGCGAUGGUAAUGGACGUGGCGCAUCAAGUGCUGGGCAAGGUCGAGCAGGUGCUGCACGUAUGGGACCCGCUGGUGGACGCUGUGGCGGAGAACGACGAAUGGCGCGCGGCGCUCAUGGACUGGAGGUGGCCGCUGGUGGGGGCAGCCAUCUACAUCACGCUCCUGGCCAUCCUGCGUAGCGCGUGCAAGGUCGGCGGUCUCAUCGGCCCGUUCGAUCUGCGAUGGGCGGUUACGAUCCACAACUUUAUCCUCUGCGCCCUCUCCUUCGUGAUGGCGACGAUGACGACCUGGGAGGGCGUGCGAGCGUGGAGGGCCGAUCGGUCGUUCGAGGAUCACUACUGCGAUGCGUCGCGCGAUGGCCAGCUGGGCAUCCACGGACUCGAGCCGACCUCGCCCGAUCGCAUGCUCACCGGGCGCGUGUGGGUGUGGUGCGUCGUGUUCUACCUCUCGAAGUACUACGAGUUCGUGGACACCAUACUCCUGGCCCUUCGCGGCCGCCCCCUCCACUUCCUCCACGUCUAUCAUCACAUCAUCAUCGUCCCCCUCGUGCUCGCCUUCAUCCAGGCUGAGAUCUUCUACUUCUGGGUCGGCGUCGUGUUCAACUCGACCAUCCACACCAUCAUGUACUACUACUACUGCAUGACUUCGCUCGGCUUCGAGAUCUGGUGGAAGAAGCACAUCACCAAGCUCCAGAUCUUCCAGUUCUGCUGGGGCAUCUUCACCUGGUGGCCCUUCCCCGCCGUCUGCGGCUACGCGUGGAACGCCUUCACGAAGGCCCCCAUGUUCGUCUUCUGGUUCAACCAGGCCGUCCUCCUCUCCUUCCUCUUCCUCUUCGUCCGCUUCUACUUCCGCACCUACUCUUCCUCUUCGGCUGCUGCUGGCAAGGGCAAGGCCGCUCACGGCAAGGCCAAGGCCAACAAGGCCAGGACUCCCUCCACCCAGAAGGGCAGGAGGAAGGUCGAGUAG